GCACGCCUCACUCCGCCGCCGGAGAAUGCUCAGGAGAUAAACUCUACAACAGACUGUGUGUAGUGUGCUUUGUGUAGAGUGUAUCUUGGAGGAUGACCAGAUUAACAGAUACGAAAUACAUUGAACCAGUCACUAAUACAGUAAAAGUAACAGGAUCAAAAACUGUAAAAAGUAAAACUGAUCCUUUGAAGAAUGUCAUUGAUAUGCAAUGUUCGUUAAAAAAUAGUUCACACACUGAGGAAAGUCGGUUCAUUUGUGAUAUUUGUCGAAAAAUUUAUAAACGAAAAAAGGUCUAAAUUAAACACAUAAAGACUCACACUGAAGCAAGACGAAUUUGCAAGAUUUGCGCGUACAAAUGUAAAUAUCCAAGUUAUAUGAAGCGGCACAUGAGAACCCACACUGGUGAACGACCUUUCUCGUGUAAGUUAUGCGAUUACACAUGUGCGCAAAAUUGUCAUUUAGUGUCGCACAUGAGAACCCACACUGGUGACAAGCCAUAUUCAUGUGAGAUAUGCGAGUACAAGUGUUCACAAAGAAGUAGUCUAAUGCAGCAUAUGAGAAUUCACACUGGUAUAAAAAAUUACUUGUGUAAGUUAUGCCAUUACAAAUGUGCGCAAAAUAGCACUCUAGUGACGCACAUGAGAACCCACACUGGUGAAAAGCCAUAUUCAUGUGAGAUAUGUGAAUACAAAUUUUCUAUUCUAAUGUCUAAUGAAGCAUAUGAGAACUCACACUGCCGCUGGUGAAACGCCUUCAUCAAGUUCGUGAGCCGCACGCCUCACUCCGCCGCCGGAGAAUGCUCAGGAGAUAGACUGUACAACAGACUGUUUGUGUAUAUUACGACUAGCUGAUGCCCGCAGCUCCGCCCACUGGGAUUUAGGUUUUUUAAAAAUCC